AUGAGCUACAUCGCGCGCCGUGGUCUCUCGACCCUCAUCCCCCCCAAGGCUCUCGGUGCCAACCCCAACGCCGUCAAGAUGGCCAACGUUGUCAAGUUCUACGAGAGGCUCCCCCAGGGCCCUGCCCCCCAGGUUCAGGCCAAGGGCAUCCUCGGCCGCUACCAGGCCAAGCACUUCGACGGCAAGAACGCGUCGGCGAAGCCCAUCAUCCACGCCAUUGCCGUCCUCCUCGUCCUUGGCUAUGCCCAGAACUACUACUUCCACCUUCGUCACCACAAGAACAACGCUCACUAA